AUGCUGUUCCUCAUGUCGACCGCAAAUUCCCCCACCAGUGGGCGCCUGACACCCUCGUGGGUAUCCAACUUGACAAGGAGAGGCAGCAAGUCGCCUUCCAUCGAGGACCGCAGCUCAAAUCCGGGCGGAUUGCUUGUUCCGGGCCAAGCGUCGAGAUCCAGCGACAGCGAAGGUUCGCGCUCUAUCCAUUCGACUCGAUCUGACGGUUCCCAAACUCGGACCUUUAUCGGUCGAAUCAGCAACAAGUUUCAGAGGAAGAGAAGCCCAUCCACUGCCGGUUACGAUGCUCUCACACCGCCAAUUCUCGGACUAAAGGACUUCAAAGCCGGACCCUUCCACGACUGGAAAGCGGCCUUCGCAAAGUACAAUCAACUAGUCACCAACCAGGUUUCCAAAGACGGAUCAGGCCAGUCAAAAGAGUUUGCGGAUAUAUGCGCGGAACUCGAGAAACAAUGCGGGGGACCCUUCAUCCACGGACUCCCUGAGCCUGUAUUCGAUCUGGCACUACUUUGGUGUCCCACGGGAGCUCAGUACAGGAAACAACAUCCUGCAUUACACCCGUCUUGGAGCUGGACAGGUUGGGAGGGUGCGGGCGUGAACUUCCCGUUUGACCCAUACAACUGCCCCGACAUUCGACAAUCCGAGGGCGACUUUCUCCGAUCCGAAAUCUUCUAUUAUAACUUGGGGCCCUCCAACUCACCGUGGACCGUCCGACGUUUGAGAGACCAAAAGGUACGACUGCAAGUGCCAUAUCAUGGGCCUUUUCGGGGCAAUACCCAUCCUACUACAGAGACGGACACACUGCGAUUUGCUGCCUUCACCAUCCCCGCCGAGAGCUUUAAGAUGUGCCAAGUGGUGGACGAUGACAAGCACAGGAUGCCUUACAGUGAGCUCAUGGACAAGGAGAAUCGCCACUGCGGAAAUAUCAUGGACUAUAGGCAUCUCAUCUCAGCUAGUGACGAUAGAGAGCGAAAGUUUGAGUACGUCUUGCUCUCACGUAGUCGGCGGUGCCCCGCGAAAGCCGAUACGACGCGCCCUUCGAGCAACGUAGCUCAUCCCCCCGGAACCCCGAUCUGGAAAGACGACAGAUUCCUGUGGGACGAGGCUCUGGAAGACUUUGACGAUUCCCAUUUCAACGACAGUGAGUGGUGCAUGCUCAAUGUGAUGCUUGUCGAGUAUCAGGACGAGGGAUGGUGGGAGAGGGUGGCUAUCGGGCAGAUGCACGAGGAGGUGUGGCAGGCUCAGAAUCCGACACGCAAAGACAUUGUUCUUCGGUGA